AUGCCAGAAGCUAUCGUCCAUCCCCAGAAGCGCGUGCUGGGCGACACGUCCAGCAAUGCCAAUGGUAUCUUGAAAUCUGCUAGUGCUCUCAAAAAGCGCAAACUCGACAACGAACCCUCUGUGCCAUCUUCACAAGCCGCUCGACGUAAAGUGGGAUCGACCCAACCACAGAAAAGUCAAUUCGAGGAGGAGGUGCUGGAAAAGUUGACGCAGGAUAUCGGCGACCUGAAGGAGAACAACUCAGAGAAAGACCAGCAAUGGGAGCGCCCUCCACUUGGAGAAUUUGACGAAAAGAAGGAGAACGUCUGCUUCCAACAGAUUGACGCGGAAGAAGCAACAUUGAUGGGAAAGCCUGCCAUUCGGCUUUUCGGUGUCACUGAGUCCGGACAAUCGGUCUGUCUUCAUGUCACCGGCUUUGAGCAUUAUCUCUAUAUCGCUGCCCCCGUCAACUUCACCAAAGCGGACUGCGAUCCGUACAAAGCCUUCCUAGAACAGAAACUAGGACAGAGCUUCCCUGCCAUCUCGUCUGUGCAACUUACAAUGCGCGAGAAUAUUUAUGGAUUUCAAGGGAAUCAAAAGAGCUAUUACAUCAAGAUCACAGUCACUGAACCGAAAUUGGCCGCACGAUUGCGAAGUGCGUUGGAGACUGGCAGUGGAAGCAUGAACUACAAGGGCAUGUGGACCGGCGCAGACGGAAUCCUUACCUUCGACAAUAUUCAAUACCUUCUACGCUUCAUGAUAGAUACUGGAUUGGCUGGAAUGUCCUGGGUCGAGGCCACGGCUGGGAAAUAUCGUCUUCUCCCACAAGGUCAAAGAUUGUCGAACUGCCAAAUAGAAGCUAGUGUCGAUUAUCGAGACAUGGUAGCUCAUCCGCCCAAUGGCGAAUGGGCGAAAAUGGCGCCUCUUCGCAUCUUGUCUUUUGAUAUUGAGUGUGCUGGGCGGAAAGGUAUCUUCCCCGAACCCAACAUGGACCCGGUCAUCCAAAUUGCCAAUGUGGUUACUCGAUACGGAGAGUCGAAACCAUUCAUCAGAAAUGUCUUUGUCCUUGACACUUGCAGUCUGAUCGUCAAUACCCAAAUUUUGGAGUUCCAAAAGGAGGAAAAGAUGCUCGACGCUUGGCGUGAUUUCGUGGAAAAGGUGGAUCCCGACGUUAUUAUCGGAUACAACAUCGCCAACUUCGAUUUCCCAUACUUACUCGACCGCGCUAAGCAUUUGAAAUGCACUGGUUUCCCGUACUGGACUAGACUGAAGGGCUGCAGAACCGAGGCCAAGGAUGCCAACUUCUCCAGCAAGCAGAUGGGCAAUCGAGACACAAAAGCGACCAAUACAAACGGCAGAAUUCAACUCGAUCUUCUCCAAUUGGUUCAGAGAGAUCACCAGUUAAGAAGUUACACCCUGAAUUCAGUGUCCUACGAGUUCUUGAAAGAGCAAAAGGAAGACGUCCACCACACGAUGAUCACUGAGCUUUUCAACGGCACCCCCGAUUCAAGACGACGAUUGGCAGUGUACUGUUUGAAAGAUGCAUAUUUGCCACAGCGAUUGAUGGACAAAUUGAUGUGUCUGGUUAACUACACGGAGAUGGCCAGAGUUACGGGUGUACCAUUCAAUUUCCUCUUGUCUCGAGGACAGCAAGUCAAGUUCAUCAGUCAGCUUUUCCGGAAAGCAAUGGAGCAGCAACUUGUGAUCCCCAAUUCCAAGCCCCAGGAUGAACAAGAUUACGAAGGUGCGACGGUCAUCGAGCCUGAGCGAGGAUACUACGGUGUGCCCGUGGCAACCCUCGAUUUCGCCUCGCUAUACCCCUCAAUCAUUCAAGCACACAAUCUCUGCUACACGACCCUGCUCAACAAGAGCAGCGUUGAGAAGUUGAAUCUCAAGAAAGACGAAGAUUACAUUGUCACUCCAAACGGAGACAUGUUCUGCACCACCAAAGUUCGCAAAGGACUUUUGUCACAGAUUCUCGAAGAGUUGUUGUCUGCACGAAAGCGUGCAAAAAAGGAACUAGCCAGUGAGACCGAUCCCUUCAAGAAGGCGGUACUUAACGGUCGCCAGCUUGCUUUGAAGGUCAGCGCAAACAGUGUCUAUGGUCUAACUGGUGCCACGGUGGGUAAAUUGCCCUGUCUUCCCAUCGCCAGUAGUACGACGAGUUACGGUCGUCAGAUGAUUGAGAAGACAAAGCAAGAAGUGGAAGCGCGCUACACCAUUGCCAACGGUUACUCUCAUGAUGCUCAGGUCAUCUAUGGUGAUACCGAUUCUGUUAUGGUCAAGUUCGGCGUCACCGAACUGGCAGACGCAAUGAAGCUUGGCCAAGAAGCAGCAGACUACGUCUCGGCCAAGUUCAUCAAACCCAUCAAGCUUGAAUUCGAGAAAGUGUACUUCCCUUAUCUUUUGAUUAACAAGAAGCGAUACGCUGGACUAUACUGGACGAACCCCCACAAGCCCGACAAGAUGGAUACCAAGGGUAUUGAAACUGUCCGCCGUGAUAACUGUCUGAUGGUUCAGAACGUCAUUGAAACCGUGUUGAACAAGAUCCUAAUUGACCGGGAUCUGGAUGGUGCUCAAGACUACGUCAAAGCCACCAUUUCGGACCUCCUCCAGAACAAAAUCGAUAUGUCGAAACUAGUCAUCACGAAGGCCCUGUCAAAACGCAAAGAGGACUACGCAGGCAAACAAGCACACGUCGAACUUGCCGAGCGCAUGCACAAGCGUGAUGCAGGUUCCGCGCCAACACUUGGUGACCGUGUGGCCUACGUCAUGAUUAAAGGUGCCAGUGACUCCAAAGGUUACGAACGAGCAGAAGAUCCCAUCUACGUGCUGGAAAACAACAUCCCCAUUGACACCAAAUACUACCUCGACAACCAACUUACCAACCCCCUGAACCGCAUCUUCGAACCCAUCUUGGGAGAGAAGAAAGCAGGCCAGUUGCUCACUGGCGAGCACACCCGGUCCAUCUCCAAGGCGGCGUCGAACUUGGGUGGACUGAUGAAGUUUGCCAAGAAGACCCAAACCUGCAUGGGCUGCAAGAAGCCACUAUCCAGCAAAGAGGAGAUGGAUGGUGCCGUCUGCUCGAAUUGCCGUCCUCGUCUCGGCGAACUGUACACAAAGACUCUGACCAAGGUCUCCGAUCUGGAGGUUCGGUUUGGGCGCUUGUGGACUCAGUGCCAGCGGUGUCAGGGCAGUCUUCACUGUGAAGUCAUCUGCUCUUCUCGUGAUUGUCCGAUUUUCUACAUGCGCAUGAAAGCAAAGAAGGAUGUCGAAGAUUCACAGAAGGAUUUAUCGCGGUUCGACUUUGACGCUGGUGCUUGGUGA